AUGAAACCACAAGAAGAUCACUACCGAUUUAAUGGUGAAACCUUGAGGUGUCACACUGGAUUUUCUGGUCAGUUUUGUGAAAUAGAAGUUAAUGAGUGUGGUUCAUCGCCUUGUCUACACGGUUCAACCUGUGAAGAUCAUAUCAAUGGAUACACUUGCAAAUGUCAACAUGGAUGGGCAGGCUUGAAUUGUGAGGAGGAUAUUGAUGAAUGUAGCUCUAAUCCCUGUGUACAUGGCAUCUGCGUCCAGAAGGAACCCAGCUUGGGUUACACCUGUUUUUGCAAACCUGGAUUUGUGGGACGAAGCUGUGAGCUUAAUUACAAUGAUUGCCUAAUACAGACCUGCUCCGCUGGGUUUCUUUGCAAUGAUGGAAUAAACAAUAUCACCUGCUUACCUGCUAUCCCCCAAAGCAACAAAACUAUCACUGAAAUGGAUGGAGUGCCCCCUACUGAGAUUUUAGACAGUGAUCUUACUCCAGCAAAAUCUGUUUCUACUGGGAUUUGGUCUAAACAUGCUACUCCUGAUUUUCAUACAAUGCAACUAUCCCAAGAUUUCAACUAUGCUCAAUACCAUGGAGAUUCUUAUCUGGAAUUUCAAGGUUUGCAGUUGAAACCACAAAACAACAUCCAUCUAGAAUUUCAGACCUAUAGCUGCCAAGGACUCCUUCUGUACAUUGAACGGAGCCCAGCAACAAUGGGACAUUUAUUUAUUCAACUCUUCAUCAAACACGGUACCUUACAGUACCAAUUUGUAUGUGAUGGGGCAGCAGAAGUUAGAAGCAUCAAUACCACUAUUAGAGUGGAUAAUGGACACAAGUAUAGAGUUCACAUUAGGCAAGACAUGAUACCAUGUGAUGCUGAAGUGACUGUCCUGGAUAUUUCUGCGAAGAUAAGCAUGCCUACCAAUCUCUGGUCCAGUACAGUUUGGCUUGAGACAGGUCCUAUAUUUAUAGGUGGUUUGCCUCAUCGCUAUGCACAAAAACAGGUAGCUUUGGUGGGAUAUGUGACUAAGAAUCUUAAACUAACAAAUUGGACUAUGAGUAGCUGA